GGUCUCUAGCAAUCGAAAGGUUUAUUUUAAUCGUAGUGAAAUUAAGAAAAUUUUCGACACCGUUAAUCGUUCAAACUUUCGUAUGAUAAAAUUUUAAAAAGAAGGAGGUCAGAAAAAGUGAAGUAGAAAAUGGCGCUAACGAUAGCUUUGCCUCUGUCUGGUCUAGAGCCUGAACAUUUUGCUGCUUUGGGAACGAGAAUUUUAUACGAACGAGGUGUAAGAAGUUUGGCUGGAUAUUCACCGAUAUCACCGUCUAGCGAAUCAAGUGGAAUCUCCAGUUUGGUAUCUUCUACCGGAUCAUCGACGCCGCAAUUAUCUCCAAACUCUUCCAGGCCAAAUUCACCAGAAGAGGAACCGAUCGAGCAAAAAGAAGAGCCACCAUUGCGAGUUUAUUAUAGAGAACGAGAUAUAUUAAAUUUGGGUGCGAACGUCAGAGAACCGUUCUGGCAAAUGAGAAUCCCAAUGAUGCCACGUUACGAUUACAGAAGUUUCAUGGAGAACAGAUCGGUUUACUAUCGUUUAGGAGAAUUCGGAUUAACGGAAGAAUAUCCAACGAGAACCUGUCAAGACUGUGGCUUUUGCGAGCCAUCGCCAUACCUGUUUUAGACUGUCAUCGAUUUUUAAGAUCGCCGACGUUACGACAACGAACUACAAUGGAAAGAUGAGACAAGCGGCAGCCGGCUCCGAAAUGAAUCCGCGAAACAACUGAACGACACUAGAAGCAAAAAUGUGAACCAACGGGAAUAUGCAAUCAACUGUGUAUCUCUUAAGGAAACGUUGAAAACGAUCGCGAAGAGCGAUUCUUUUUUUUUCUAACUGGAAUUUUCCGCCGUAUAUAUACAUAUAUAUGUAUACACAUUUUUUUGUCCGUUGGUAUCGGAUGAUUGAUCGUCAGAUAUAAAACGGUGGUGGUUUGUCGGAAAAUUUGGUUCAAUUUUUUGUUGCUCUUUGUUCGUAUAUUGCCGGUGUUUGUUCAUCGUUAAUCGCAACCGAACAAUCGUGCCAAUUUUCAUUUCUCUGUCGGUAUUAGCUAACCGUGUAUCUGACGAUUGCAUCCCCGAUCAUUCGUUCAGCCGGUAAUGGGCUGCGUGGGUCUUAUACGAUUUCAACGAUAUCAUUUCAUUAAAUGCACGCUAUGCAACUGAUGCAUACGCAGUCGAAGGCUGCGUUUUAUGAAAAAACGCAGUCUUGCACCUUUUAGGAAGAAGCCUCCCUUCGCUCCAGACACUUCGUUCGCAUUCUCUUCCUCUUGUUUAUUUUCCUUCUUCUUUCGUUUUUUUUUUUCUUCAUUUUCUUUUUACAAAACGUACGUGAACACGUGACACUUAUACGUUGCAAAGAGCAAGCUUGAUGAUAUAUUAGGAGAUAUCGCGUGGGAGGGAAAACUAUGUGAAAUACCGAUGUAAUUUAGCCGAUCGUGCUUUCCCCGAUUUUAUAAAAGCCAUAUAGCCGAUGCAAAAGUACAAUGAACGUUCGUUUGCCAGUCAAUAAUAACAUUAUUAAUCAACGUUAAGUUGGCAAUGCGUAGCGUAUAUACAGUCGCUAGCUGCGACUUUUUCGCAGGUAGAAUUAUUAAUAAGCAUUCACAUUAAAUACGCCUCUUUGUGCACGACGACAUAGCAACCUAUUAUAAUAUUACGAAUCGACCGGAGCGCUAUAAUUAUAAUUGGCUUAUACAUUUUCACGAUAAAUGUAAUGCGCGCCCGCAACCAGAGUAUUGUAAUUGUACCGAAACCAUUUCGCUAGAGUCUUUACUGACCAUUGUUUAUAAGCGGGUAAUAAACAAUAUUUUACAACGA